UUAAUCAUUUCGGAUUUGUUUUCACUGUCAGGACUUUAAACAAAGCUUGUUUGACUGUAGAUUGACAAGUUUAAAUGAAGGGAAGAAAGUUUUUGCUCCCCUCAAAGAGGGCGCUGAAAGCGAGGGGAGAUGCUUUCGGAGUAGCAAGAGUAGAAACUCCUGGUCGAGAGUUAACCGUCGGAUAUCCCGGAGUCGCGUAGAAUAGAUAUUAUUCUGGAAGGCAGUGGGAGAAGUAGGAAAAGCAACAGUUUCUAAGCAAACAAGAGAUAAGAAUAAUCGUUUGCUUUAAUGAGACUAUCGUUUGGUUUAAUUACUUUUAUCGCUUGUUUUAAUUAGAGUUUUUCAUCUGCUUUUUUGAGAGAAAAAUUAAAUUAUUUUUUCGUAGAAAAAUAUUAAUCAGUUUUAAAUGUAAAAGAAUGCAUGCGCUAAUUAUGCUGCGUAGCGUUUUCAAACUUAUAUGCAUGCAUUCAUUUUAUCAGUUCGGCUUUAAAAAAUUAAAUUAAGCGAUGUAAUGAUUUCAAAAUUUUCAAUAGUUUAAAUUUAGUAAAAAAAACGGAGAUUUUUUUAAACUUUUUUCCUAUUUGAAAAAAGAACAAUAAUAAUUUGAAGGAUGGAACAAGAUUAUUAUUAUAUAAACCCCAACUCUACUUAUGACUCAAACUUCAGCAACUGCGACAACACGACAAUAGAAGAAUGUCUUUUAGGUCCCCAGCGUGACCCUUUGACUACAGUCAUACCAAUGACUUUAGUUUAUGGUGUUAUUUUAACAACAGGUGUUAUCGGAAACCUAUGCACUUGCACUGUCAUUGCAAAAAAUAGAUAUAUGCACACUGCAACAAACUAUUAUCUAUUCAGCUUGGCGGUAUCUGAUUUACUUCUUCUUGUUCUGGGACUUCCACAAGAGAUAUACCAACUUUGGUACAAGUAUCCCUACAUAUUCGGACAAUUAUUCUGCUUCAUUCGUGGCUGGACAUCGGAAAUGUGUACCAAUGCAUCAAUCUUGACCAUUACAGCGUUUACAGUUGAAAGAUACGUUGCGAUUUGCCAUCCAUUCCGUGCGCAAACUAUGUCCCACCUGCCUAGAGCAGUGAAGACAAUAAUACUUAUUUGGAUUGCUGCAGCUGUCUUGGCAUUGCCAACUGCCCUCCAAUUUGGGAUCAAGUAUGAAAUAGUUGGUGAGCAGAUUCUUUGGGGCACUGCCCUUUGCAGCGUCAUCAGUCCUUUUCCUCAUAUUUUCGAGGUAUCUACAUUUGUGUUCUUUGUAUUGCCCAUGGCGUUGAUCUCUGUACUGUAUAUAUUUAUUGGGAUUCGCUUGCGACAAGUAAGCAUUGGAAACCACAGCGACAGCAUAAACGACUGCAAUAUGUUGUCGAAGCAGAAAAUUAACUCCCGGAAAUCAGUAGUGAAAAUGCUCGGUGCUGUAGUGACAUCCUUUUUCAUCUGUUGGUCACCAUUCCAUGCUCAGCGACUUCUUGCCAUCUACUCCUCCACUGAACCUACACCCACCCUUGAGCUCACCUACACAAUACUGACUUACAUAUCUGGCGUCACUUACUAUUUGAGCGCAACGGUAAAUCCUAUCCUUUACCAACUUAUGUCAGGCAAGUUCAGACAGGCUUUGAAAGACACAUUUUAUGCUUACUGUAAAUGCUGUGGACCAAAAAAUAACAGUGGGAGAGGAGCAGAAAUGUCUUUUCAUUGCGACAACUCAAGGUACAGAAUCAGCUAUCAGCAACAAAACAAAGAAACAGUCUCUAAUUCUGUCAACUGGAUGAAUGAUUCAAUGAACAAUCACAAAAUACCUACAUAAAUCUUAAAACAUGGCAUCAAACUACUGUAUGGUUUUUAAUCAAUGCUGAUUAUAAAACACAAUCUCCAACAGAAAUUCGUUAUCAAACUUGUAACUACAUGUGGAUUCAUCCAAUGAAAGUACAACGUGUACAGAAAGUACAACGUGUAAAAUAUUAUGAUUUAUGGGUCAAUGAUCUACAAAUGUCACAAACGUUUCUUAGCGUAAUCAGCAUAAUAAAAACACGAUGCAUCUCCUGGGAAUAUUGAUAUCUCAUGACAUACAUGAUAUCUCUCAAAUAUGUACAUUAUUUUCGUUAAAUCAAAAUUUUCGUUGCCUUGUUAUGAAACGGAAAUUUUUCAGCCCCCAUCAUAAUAUGAUUUCCGACAUUAAUAUGAUUUUGACAACACUGCUCAUGCAAUUAUCGUAUUUGAUAUUUAUAGUUGUCGAUAAUUAUCGCUGUAUUGUCAUAGUGAUAAGUGUUAUCCAUAAUACUUUUGUCGUUUUCUCGCUAUUCGAUAAGGAUCGUGUAAUAAUUUGUUAUCAUCAAUAACUAUCACAUAUUCACCGUUCGUCGUAAAACAGAAUUUUCUUUUACGAUAUAUAUGGUGUAAAAGCUUUAAAAAAAAUAUCGCUAUCGUGGUUUAUAGAUGACGUCGAUAAUUCAUGAUGCAUCCCUCAGUUAUAGUGAUGAAGUUGGUCUUGAAAUUCUUUUCACUUUUUAAUUGUGGUAUAUGCUGUUCAGUAUGCCAAAUCUAUAUAUACUCUGUAAAUUUAUGCAAGAACCACAUUUUCUCACAAUGUGAAAGGGGAGUGUGUUUGUUAAUGUAAUCUAAAUUGUAAAAGCGUGAUAUAUUGAUCCCUCCAACGUAAACUUAUUAAUUUCGGGGAGUUUUAAUUUUGUAAAAUUAGUGGAAAAUUCGUAAAUCCUCUAAGAGUAAUUAAGUUAAGAGAACAUCUAAAAAAUGAGCAAACUUCUUAAAAUCUCGCAGCAAUUUCUUAACACUUAAACUAACAUCAAAUUAUUAUUCGAUAUAUAUAUAUAUGCAUUCGAUAUAAAUGAAAUAGAGGUUUUUGAAGGAAAAUUUGAAUUAUAAACGAAGGAAUAUUGCAAAAAAAGAAAUAUUUUUGCAAGAGCAAAAGCUAAGAUCUUUAUCCAAGCUAGGUUUUUUUUAGAUUUUUCAGUUUCGAUUAUAAUGCGUUCGUGUAAAAUUAAUUUAUAAUAUUUUCAGAUGAUAAAAGCAGCAUCUUGCUGCCCUAUGUCUAUGUCGUAGCUAUUAAGACCAAACUGAAAAUCACUGGUAUCUAUUUAUUUAAAAGAAUUCCAAGGAUUUAUAUAUUGUGGUUAUUUCAAAGUGUAAAAAGGAGCUUUUCUAUUGAUAACUUCUUGUACAUUUAGCAUCCGUGAAACCAAACAGGGUAUUUUUACUGUAAAUAGCAAGUUUCUCCGAUUAAAAUAUCAUCGUUCAAAAAGGAUUAUAAGAACAAAAAUAUAAGGAAGUUAUACUAAUUGUGGUGUAGUAGCCAAAGGAAACCUCAAUUGUUACAAGGACUGAAGAAUAAAGCAAUAGUUUUGCUUUUAUACAAAUAAAAAUGACCAAGAUUCUUUUUUAAUAUUUAAUUUGGUGAAAUCUUCUUGGAUUAUAUUGCGUCAACACAUCUUUAAUAUUUGCUGUUCAAAGGUAAGCAAAUUCUAAAAAAGAUUAGUAUUAUUCACUUUCGAAAAACAUUAAGCAUAAGAAAUAAAAUCCAUAUGUUCUUUUUCUUGUAUGCAAAUUUAAUUUAUAAAUAUAAAACACCUUGUGAAGUACACAUUUAGUAACACACAUUUAGUAACAGCAGUUCUCAUAGAUGUUUUGUGAAAGAAUGUUUUAUGUAAAGUUGGUUGUUACUCGAUUGUCUGUUAUAUGUAUAGAAAAAUGAAUUUGUAGUCAUGCCCUCACACUGUCCCUCGUGAGAAAAGUUUAGUGGUUUCAUUUUAAUUUUUACUUAUCUUUAGCAUUUAAAUUAAUAUUUGUUUGACUCAUUAGUGGAUUUUAUCUAAAAGUAAGGAAUUUGUAAACGAAAACUAAUUGAUAGAUCGUUCAUGACUGAAAAAUAUCCUCAAUCCUUGUACUAUUUUGUCUAUCUCGAAAAGAACGCAAUUUCCUUAAAUAAACUAGAUAAACUGAAACAUAUUUAUUGCGAAAACAAUGCUCAAUAAAUAGUUUCUUUUAACACUGAUCAUCAUUAAGCCAUUUUUAAUUCCAUGAAAUGUCUGAAACUUGUCUGAAAAUGUUUAUGGAUACAAUUUUUGUUUUAAAAAAAGGACAUCGUUGUCAGGGACAGUCCAUUAUUUAUAUAAUAAUGUAAUUUAAUUAUAAUGAAUUGUCUCAAUCCACUGUUCUUGCAACAAUCUAAUAUAUAAAUGUAUGUGUAAGCACCACAUUUCUUAAAAUACUUAAAUUAUGUGUACAAAUGUUAAUAAAUGUUAUGUAUGUGAAUUUGUGAUGAAGUGUUUGGAAAUAAAUGU